AUGAGCAAGGUACCGGACGCAUGGGAUGACGAGUGGUCAACCGCCGCCGAUGAUCAGGAUCAAUCCGUGCAAGCGGAUUUAAAGAAGCUUACAACCAAGCAGACCAAAGCCCAGAAAAGAGCUGCUCAGGCCGAAUUCAAUCGCCAACUGUGGGCAGAAGCAGAAGGACCGUCAGAGACCAACUAUUUCCUAGAGUCUCGAAAUGUCGUACCUCUACGACAGGAGUUCAAGCCCCCACCAGUCCUUCUAUCACGAAAAGGUCCCAUAAUUCAAAAACCACGGUCUACACUAGAAGCAGGCCUAGCCACACUCAACCUGAAGGAAAAGGAGGAAUCCUCCGAAGAUGAAGACGACGAACUCGCCAAGCAAAAAGCCCUCGACGACGCCAAAGCACAAGCUGCCCGAGACCGUGAGGAGAAGCAGCGCAAAUACGAGGAACGACGACUCGAGCUAUUUGGGCCCGAUGCCUCGUCGAACAAUAACCUUGCAGGCAGACCAAACAGCCGCUCUGGCGGAUCAAGUCCAGCAAACCUGACGCCUCCCGGAUCACGAUCGUCAACACCCCACAGAGGUGGUGGGAAACGCGGAGGUAGAGGACGAGGUAACGUCUUUGGCAAUAACAGUCCUCGAGCACAACAACAACAGCAAAGAGAGGCCUACGAACUGAAUUACUCUGCCAAACCAAACUCAACCUAUCUCAUGAAGCGCGAGCCAGGCUACGAGAACCCGAACCCGAACAAGGAAGCUCAACCUAUCAGGGCACCGAAAGCUCCCGACGGGAGUGGGAGGGGAGGUGCCGGCUUUGUGCUUAGGCGUGAGAAUCUUGCGUAA